AAAAAGCUCUCUGCUUCUCAAAAAGCCGGAAAAAACGGAGAGGUGUCAUCUUCAGUUACGGACAGCGACAGAAACACUCAGAGGACACCGCAGGAUGAGGUGAUAGAAUGCCGAAACCGGUAUCGAAGAUGGAGGGACACUCCGGCGGAGCAGAGCCCGUCAACAAAAAUGUCGUUGCAAGAGCUUGCGGAAGUA